AUGGCCAAAGCCACAGCAUUCAACGUCCUCGUUUUCAGCAAGACCACAGGCUACCGUCAUGACUCUAUCCCAGCUGGUAUCCGCAUGUUCCACAAGUUAGCCAGCGAUACGAAUCUCUUUAAAGUCACAGCUAGUGAAGACGCCUCGCUGUUCACCUCGUCUUCUCUCGCGCAAUAUCAAGUCAUCGUCCUCCUGCAAAACAUCGGCGACGACAUCUUCACUCCAUCCGAACUAGGAGCUUUGAGGACCUGGGUGAAGAAUGGCGGCGGUAUCGUAGCUAUCCACGGCGCAGCUGCAGCUAUGCAAGGCAACGAAUACUACACAAACUUGGUCGGAGCCAGUUUCGACAUGCAUCCCGAUCCUGAGCCUGGUACCGUCGUUCCUGAAGAGUCUGGCCAAAAACACCAGAUCAUGAACUGCUGUGGUGGGCGUGAGGGCUGGAAGGACGAAUGGUAUAACUUCCACACUCAUCCAAGAGAGAAUAAGAACCUCCAGAUCUUGCUUAAAGGUGAUCCGAAGACGUUCCAAGGAGGUAAACACGGAGAUGAUCAUCCGUUGGUAUGGUGUCAAGAGUUCGAGGGUGGAAGGAUAUUCUUUACGUCUUUGGGUCAUUUUGAUGAAGCGUACGAGGAUCCAUGGUUUGUAGGACAGGUCGAGAGAGGGUUGCUGUGGGUAUCAAGGAGAACGGGGGUUUGA